AUGGAGUUGCCUGUUAAUACACCCAAAUCUGCUACACCGGUAAGUUCAGGACAAGGGAGUUAUUCGCCACAAUUUGAAAGGGUUGUAGUUUGUAAUAGAGAUGCUGAGGUGAUGGCUGCAAAGAAGAAGUUGAUUUUAAGAGAUGAUGUGAACGUGGUAGCUGAAGAGAGAAUUAUGCGGGCCGUUGUUGGGAAGGCAAAACAGACCUCCAUAUUGGAAGAGAAGUUAAGAGAUGUCUUUGUUCCAAAGGCAUCAGUAAAUGGUGAAGAGGAGUGCAAAUUGGCUGUUGAUUCGGUGGUAAACAUUGUAGCCAUUGGAGUGCAAUUGUCGACCUUGAGACCAACCAGCAAACUAUCCAUGGUGUUCCAUUGGGAGAUGAAAAUGUGCGCGUCUCCAUCAUUUGGCCAUUGGUUCCUGAAGCUUUGCUGCCAUUUCCGAUCAAAGAUGAGAUAG